CGGCGGGCGAAGAUGGCGGCGGCCAGGUAUUGGAAACUGUUGCCCCGCGGCCGGGGAUUGUCUCAGAAUGCCGCUGUUAAGGCGUCCGCCUCGGCCCGGGAGGUGAGCGACCUGGAGGUGGUGGCGACGCCCGUCGCGCGGUACCCGCCGAUCGUGGCUUCCAUGACCGCCGACAGCAAAGCGGCCCGGCAGCGGCGGGUGCAGCGCUGGCAGGCGACGGUGCACGCGGCCCCGUCGGCGGACGAGAAGAUACGGAUCCUCACCAAGAUGCAGUUCAAGAAGUACGUGGUGCAUCCGCAGAUCCCGGCCUUGAACGCCGACCGCUGGUACCAGAGCUUCACCAAGACCGUGUUCGUCUCGGGCCUGCCGCCCGCCCCGGCGCUGUCGCCGUCGCCGCCCUCGCCCGACCUCGCCGCCCUGCGUGCCGCCGUGUGCGACUGCAUCUUGCAGGAGCAGGUCUACGUGCGGCGCCGCCAGCCCCGCUCCCACUUCGAUCGUCGCCAGGCCCUCGCUUCCUCCGUCCUGGACCAGGUCGUGGGGACGCUCGUGAACCUGCUCGCUCCACUCAACCCUGUCCUGAGCACUGCUACUCUCGAUUGUAAACGCCCUGUUGACUUUUAUUGGUUGCGUGGUGAAGAACGCAUUCCUGCCGGUCAUCGAAAAGGUCAUAUUGAUGCUUUACGGUACCAAAUAAAUGAUAAACCACACAACCAGAUUCGAAUAUCUAAGCAACUCCCUGAGUUUGUGCCAUUGGAUUAUUCCAUUCCUACAGAAAUCCCUGUUAUGAAAUGUAAACCAGACAAACUCCCAUUGUUUAAACGGCAGUAUGAAAAUAGCAUAUUUACUGGCUCAAAACCAGCAGAUCCCUGCUGUUAUGGUCAUACCCAGUUCCAUCUGUUACCCGACAAACUGAAUAGGGACAGGCUGAUAAGACAGAACCAAGCUGAGCAGGUAGAAGCUGUCUUCAGAGCUAAUGCCAUUGCAAGUCUUUUCGCUUGGACCGGAGCACAAGCUAUGUACCAAGGGUUCUGGAGUGAAGCAGAUGUUGCUCGACCUUUUGUCUCCCAGGCUGUGAUCACAGACGGAAAAUACUUUUCUUUUUUCUGCUACCAGUUAAAUACUUUGGCACUGACUGUCCAAGCUGAUCAGAACAACCCACGUAAAAAUAUAUGUUGGGGGACACAGAGUAAGCCUCUUUAUGAGACAGUGGAAGAUAAUGAUGUGAAAGGCUUUGAUGAUGAGGUUCUCCUGCAGAUAGUUCACUUUCUACUAAAUAAACCAAAAGAAGACAGAGCACAGCUGUUGGCAAGCCAGGAGAAGGAACUUGAUCCGGGACCUUGACGAUAUUUAAGUUUCACCAGAGGAACAAUAAAAUCACUUAAAGAUUGUGUAACUGUCUGUCAUUAAACACAUUGGUUUUUUAAAAACCA